UCUAAGGCAUACAUAGGAGGCCUUGCUGUGGAUCUGCAGUCAUGACGGGGUAUUUCUGUGUACUGGUGAUGAUGUUUUCAACUUCAACUGCCCAUUAUUUACAUACCAGUAGCAAGAGGUGCGUGGCGACCUGCCCUGACCUCAGCGACCCCGUGUGUGGCAGUAACCAGGUCACCUAUGAUAACGACUGCCUCUUGGAGCGAGCACAGUGCGAAGACCUCAGUUUGCACAAGAUCGCGGAAGGACCCUGUGAAUGCAACCCGAUUUGCAACGACGAGCAAGCCAGUGUGUGCGGGAGCGACGGCAAGACGUACGAGAGCGCGUGCAACUUGCAGAGAACCAGAUGCAAGGACAAUCCCACGCUCCAGCAAGUGGCUCAAGGACCUUGCUACAACCAGCCCAAGUGCGUGACGACCUGCCAACGAGCGUACGACCCUGUGUGUGGAAGCGACGGCAAAACGUACCAGAACGACUGCGCUCUGGAAGUCAUGACCUGCGCGAAGCCCGAGCUCUAUAAGGUGGCGAAUUGUCAGUGCGUCCCGGAGUGUCCCAAAGUCGGGUGCACGAGGGAGUACAAGCCAGUGUGUGGGAGUGACGGAGUUACGUACGAUAACAACUGUCUCUUUAGCAACGCUCGCUGUAGGGAUUCUUCGUUGAGAGUGCUGAAGAUCGGAGUGUGUGACUUGGAUAACUGUGAAUUGACGCUGUGCACGACGGACUAUGAGCCGGUGUGCGGGAGCGACGGUGCCACGUACGGGAACCAGUGCCAGUUUGACAUUGCAGUGUGCAAGGAUGCGUUGUUGGUCAAGGCUGGAGAUGGGGAAUGCUCGUCUGUCUUGCAGUAAAGCAGCUCGGAUAGUCAUCAAGAGGAAUUAUCUAAUGUAUUUUACGAAAAUUAUUGAUAUUACUGUAUAUGGUGCAAUAUAAUGGUAAUGUUAAA